CUUUACAAGAUGUCGACCAGUCGCUUCACACUCUACUAUUAUUAUUCAUCAUUCUGCUCACAAAAGGUACUACUGGCACUUUUUGAAAAAGACUGCAGAUUCAAUCGUAAGCUGGUAAACCUCCAUACUGGUGAACAGAACAGUCCUGACUACAUGAGAAUAAACUCUGAUGGCCUAGUCCCUGUUUUAAAAGACGGGGAGAAAAUUAUCGUAGAUUCGGACAAAAUAAUUGAGUAUAUUGAUAAAGAAGUAAAAUCAGGGCCGAAGUUGAUUCCAGAUCCAAAUACUUCAGCUGGAAGAGAAGUCCAGAGAUUACAAAACUUAAUGGCGGACAUAAAUGUGAGAUUGUUGACAUUUGGUGUUAUAGCUAAUCAAGAGUUGUCCCUCAGUGGUGUAAAGAUGCCGAGAAUAUUUCUAAAGAUAAUUUCAGGUCGUUCCGGCAAGGAUAUGGUGGCAAACUUGGAAAGAAAUGCCAUCAAAUACCCAGACUUAAGCCAAGCAUACUUAACAAAGGCUGGAAAGACAAAGAGGAACAUAGAUGAUGCUUUUAAGAAAGAGAAUGUAGUCAAAUGUUUAGAUGAUACAGAAAGAAAAUUUGACCGAUUGGAAGAAUGUUUACAGAAAAGUCAAGGAGUAACCGGAAAAGAUUACUGGCUAACAGGUCCCCAGUUCACGGUAGCAGAUAUUCUUCUUGGUGUCAUCAUGGAUCGUAUGACAAUACUAGGUCUUGAAGACAGAUUCUUUUCAAAAUCAGGACGACCGUUUUUGUUUGAAUAUCAACAAAGAAUUAGUCAGAAGAAAUCAGUACAGAUGCUAAGAGCAGAGGCUAAGAAAAUUGGACCAUUGCUGCUUUUAUCGGGUGUCAAAUCAGUGGCUCCUUAUGUUGGCAGUGUUGCAGUACUAGUAUUGGCGAUUGGAGCUGGUAUUUGGUACUUUAAAAAUAAAUGAAGUAUGAAACGAAACAUGUUUUUCUUUAUUGCAUACUGAACUCAGAAAAAAGCCGAUAAAGAUGUGCGUCAACGAGAGAGUUACUUAACAACACUACUAUAGAAAUGUGCAUAUCAACAUCAUCAUUAUGUUUCCAAGUUGCAACGACAGCAAUUAUUUACACU